AUGGCCUCGACUAGCUCCGACGAGGGCGAGAUCGUGGAAAACGGGGUUGGUGCUCGAGACUCCAAGGCAACUGCACUACCUCAGAUUCAUGGAACUGGUGUUGACCGGAAGGACAGAAUUCGAGCCAGAUACUCGAGAUCUAGAUCGCCUGAUCAUGACAACCCCCGUGCCGCCAGCUCGAGACACGCCCCCAACCACUCAGACCGCCGUAGUCGUUCUCCCAGGGGCUACAAGCGCUCACACAUCGAUCGCGAUCGAGAUGCUCACUCGGCCCGCCUGAACGGAGACCCGCGACACUUCCGCGUCCACUACGAGGAUGCCCGAAGUGACACGCGCCGCUCGCGGUACGCCUACGACGAUGACGACCGGCCUCCCUCUCAUUCAUCGGCCUCGGGCCUUCGCUACGAUGAUAGAGACCGUGCCAGAGACUAUGAUCGAUCACGCGAGCACAGCCGCGACCGCGACGGCUACCCCGAUAAGCGCCCCAGAAAUCGGACGCGGUCUCCCUACCAACCUUCCCGAGCUGGGGGGAGAGAUCGAGCAGGGGAUCGGCCCAGAAGGGAUGACGACCGACACCGACGUCCUCUCGACAGAGACCAGGGAAGGGGCACUCCCGGGCGGAACAACCUGAACAGCCCGCAGCAUUCACAGGCUCAGGCGCCGGUAAAUGGUAGACAUGAUGCUAAAUCUGCGAAAGGACAUUCUGAAGGAGCCCCCUCGGGGAGCGCGCGAGUCUCAGUUCCCAAUCCUGAACCAGAGUCGGAGGAACAGCCCAUAGAUGUGGAUGCCGAGAUUGAACGUCGACGCCGCCGCCGCGAAGAGCUUCUCGCCAAGUCUCGUGGGCCAACUCCUAUGCUCGUCCAAGCGUUACAGGCAUCAGAAAAAGCUUCCCAGUCCCAGAACAGCACGCCUCUUGCGACCGAACCCAACACGCCUCGCUCUGCUGUCUCGUCUCCCUCCUCCCCAGCACGAGGGAUGCAGGAAGGAAUGUCACCUGCUGCCCUGGAUAUUAUCAAUGAUCAGGAUCUGAUUAACAUUCAUGGCAAGUCUCGUGAUGAUGAUGACGAUGGCCCCUCAGCUGCAGACUAUGACCCCACAGCGGAUAUGAGAGAGGACGAAAUGCGAGAUGAGCUCCGUCACGGCCACGUCGGUCCUCACGGGGAGAUACUCCCCUCCGAUCAAAAAGCAGAGAUUGUCCCUAAAGAGGCUGCCCAGCCAAAGAAGUCAACAGAGGAAGACGACGACGAUCUGGAUAUGUUUGCGGAGGAUUUCGACGAGGACAAGUUUGCGGCACCAAAGAGUGCUGUCCAGCCAGAAAAUGAUACGGAUGAUCUUGCCCUAGCUCAUCCAGCUGCCGGUGGUAUCCUCGAAGGCGACGACAAGGAAGGCUACUAUAAGAUUCGCAUUGGCGAGAUUAUGAACGGUCGAUAUCAGGUUCAGUCGACGCUGGGAAAGGGAAUGUUUUCGGGGGUCGCUCGUGCCGUGGAUAUCACGAAUAAGCAGCUGGUCGCCGUCAAGAUGAUGCGUAACAACGAUGCGCUCCGAAAGGGAGGCUACGUCGAGAUCGCCAUUCUACAGAAACUCAAUGAUGCCGAUCCAGAGAACCGGAAGCACAUUGUCAAGUUUGAGCGUCACUUUGAGCACAAGGGUCAUCUGUGCCUGGCGUUCGAGAACCUCAGUCUCAACCUACGAGAGGUGCUCAGAAAGUUCGGCAACAACGUUGGUAUCAACCUCGGGGCAACCCGAUCGUAUGCCCAUCAGAUGUUUGUGGCCUUGGCUCACAUGCGCAAAUGCACCAUUAUUCACGCCGAUCUGAAACCCGACAACAUACUGGUCAACGAGUCUCGCAAUGUUCUCAAAAUCUGUGAUUUGGGCACGGCUAUUGAUAGAUCGGAUGCUGCAACAGCACACAACGAAAUCACGCCCUACCUGAUCAGUCGCUUCUAUCGAGCCCCGGAGAUUAUUCUUGGGAUGCCUUACGAUUAUGCCGUGGACAUGUGGUCCAUUGGUUGCACCCUCUAUGAGCUAUACACGGGAAAGAUUCUAUUUACAGGUGAUAGCAAUAACCAGAUGCUCAAGGCUAUCAUGGAGAUCCGUGGCAAGUUCAGCGCCAAGUUGUACAAGCGAGGUCAGCUCUGGCAAAUGCAUUUCGAUGAUCUAGGUAACUUCAUCAGCAUCGAAAAGGACAAGCUCCUUGCAAAGACAAAUGUCAGGACCUUGGCCGUCGUGAAGCCGACCCGCGACCUUCGAACCCGCCUCACUGCCGCUUCUGGGGGUAUGAACGAUGCUGAGGCCAGGGAUCUAAAUCAUUUCAUUGAUUUACUGGAAAGAUGCUUGACGCUCAACCCGGAGAAGAGGAUUACUCCCUCUGAAGCGCUGAAGCAUCCUUUCUUCCUAAAAGCCAGUGUAUCUGUUAGAUAG